UUGUUGCUGUUGCCUGAAGCGGUCACUGCUCUCUGUUUUCCUUCUAGAAGUUAGAAAAACAAUAUUUCAGAGCACUCUCCCUGCAUUUCUCGGUAUUUUACUUAACCUGCGGCGGCGCCUCAGGAUCUCGUGGAGUGGCGAAACUUCCCUGGACUUAGAGAAAAACAAGCCGAGAGGAGGCAAGGGGGUAGGACGUUGCUGGAAACCUCUUUGGGAAGCUGGAGACCUUCUCGGGAUGCCUGUCUUACUCUCCUCCAGCCGCUAUUCAGAUGUUCCCGGGCCAGGGCAGCUCCCUGCCCCGGCGUGUCCGCACUGAGCGGCUCCGAGGGGCGCGGAGAGCCGCGGUGCCGUGAGGGCAGCCCGGGAGCGCCUCAGGCUCUGCCCGUGUCCCAAAGGUCCCGCAGGGCCCGGGGAUGCCGCACCUCGCUCUCGCUAUGCCCCUGAGCCGUCCCGCGCUGGAGUUGGCUGUCAGAGAAACCUUGGAGGUCCCCUGCUCAGCCCCGGUAGUGUCAUGAGUUAGAUUAGUUGGAGCUGUGCUGGGGGCGGUGAGGGCUUGGAUUACAGUCCAGAACUCAAAGUGCUUCGGUGGUUCACGUCGGAGGGGAGAGGAGACGCCCCGUCGCACACAUGGAGGAAAAAGAGAAAAAACGCUGCCUUUGGAAGUGAGGGGGAAGAAAGGAGGCCGGGAACAUGGACUCGGAGUCACUGGACGGCUGCAUUCAGAGCACGUUAUCAGCACUCUACCCUCCAUUCGAGGCUACCGCAGCCACUGUGCUGUGCCAAGUUUUUGAUGUGGUGGAGAAGACGUACCGUGGGGAUGGACUGCACUACCUCAUAGACUUCCUGAUUCCAGCCAAGCACAUCCUGCAGUGCAUUCAGCAGGAUGCCUGUGCUCCGUACUGCGGGUUGCUGUUUCGCCAUGCGGGAUGGCCCCUGUGCAUUCAGGACAAGAUUGUAAUCCAGCUCGCUUCCAUUGACUGGCAAAUCCUCAAGCCUGGUGACUUCUACCUGCAGGUGGUCCCCUCUGUGAAGAAGCCUCCACGAAUUGUAUUGAAAUGUUUGGCAAAAGAUAAGCAUAAUGUAGAAGAAGUGGUGAUUCCUGAAGUUUCAUAUACCUCUAUUUUUACUCUGGAAUGGUUGAGUACGUUCAAUGGAGAGCGGAUGGGCAUAGCACUGGAAAAUUGUUUACUGACCACUGAUGAGAAAAUAUUUCGUGUCCCUUGGGAUAAAGUGGUUAAUCCUGAAUUUAUAAAUAAACCAAAAAUAAUUGAAAACAAUAUCAUCUCUCCAGAAAUAACAGAGGAACGUUCAAUUUUGUGCCUCCCCACUGACCAUACUGAGUGUGGUUCACCAGACCUGAGGUCUCAGUAUCUGCAGGAACUAAGCUCAAAUCGAGACAACCCUGUGAUUAGCAGCACUGCUCCACAGUUAAAUGAAGCUCUGGUCAAUGGUGUCUGUACGAGUCCUGUGACUCAGGAGAACUUGGAAAGUGACCUUGAAGGGGAGUACGUUGAGCUGGCAGAAGUUUCACUGCCCAGGUUUGGGCCACAAACAGGAUCUGUAACACAGUCGCUGGCAUUAAGUUAUUUCACUCAGCCCAGGGCACGAGUGAAUGAGUCUAAAGGCAAGCACAGGUUUAUUGUCAUACAAGACAGCACCUACUCCAAGAACUUAAUUCAUUCAGCACUUAUGCAGAAAGAGCACUGUCAAAUGGACACUCUGAGCACUUCUCCAGAAGUUCUCAAAAAUGUUACUCCGUUGGAAGGCAGCAAAAUGAUGGCACAUGGAGAACUGUCCCCAGAAGGUCAGCUGAUAGCAGCUGAUCCUGGAAGCAUGGGUGAUAACUUCCCUGUGGCUGAGCCUCCUGCUUGCCGUGCAGAAGAUUCCUCUGCAGAGUGCGAGGCUCGCAGUGAGCGAUCCGCUCUGUGCAGCUACACUGAUGUGUGUGCUGGAGAUGCUGCCAGCUGCAAGGCACGAGUGCCUGGUGCCCCUGGAAACGUGGAGGGACAAAGGGAUGGAGCUAGUGAGAAUGCUGGUGUUGAAACAUUGGAGCAGAGCCCAGAAGUGACUCUAGAUGCUACUGCUGCUAAAGAGGAAGUGAUGCUGGGAGUACACACAGAACCACUGACUGAGGGGCAAAAGGAGGUGACACUGAUGGAUGCUUCUUCUGUACCUGUCCUGGGGCCUUUGGGACCAUGUUGCACACUAAAGGAAGCCUCUGAUGUCUCUUGCCAGUUUGUCAAUGGAAGUGUUGAGCCAGUUCAGGUCACUACAUUGCCUGAGAAUUCAGAUGUAGGUGGGGAGAGAGGCUCUCCUUCAGGGAACACAGCAGAUGUAAGCGCUUGCUGCAGUGAUAAUGAGGCAAAUUCUCCAUUAAAUCCUCCAGAAGAGAGCCAAGGAGAUGUUGAUGGAUUUGAGGUGGGAAGAAGGGAGAGCCAAGAGGAAGUGAAAGAGUCUAAAGAAAUGUUGACUGUAAAUGAAAAUCAGACUAGUCACAGUCACUGUUCUGUGAAAGCCUCAGCAGAUGGAACCUUGUCAGAUGGUGAAGAACAAGAGCAUAAAAAGGCUGAAGAAGCCAUACCACUCAAAACUGCCCAGUCAGCAGAGGAGAAUCAGAUGGCAGAACAAUUAAAUAACAGUGACUUGUUGGCUCCCAGUGCACAAGAGGAAGAUUCAAGUCUGUUCGAAACCCAGAGGUCUGGAGGGACGUUUGAGGAACCACAAAGACCGGUGGAAAACCAUGGCAGUGAAAGUGAAGAGAACUCUCUGCUGAACCAGGAGCAUGUUGCAACACAGGACUUGCAGGGACAGGUGGAGAACCAGGGAAGUUGUUCUUACAGGGAAAGGUUGAAGACUACAGCCUCAAAAACACUGGAAUCCAUUGAGGAGGAAUUGGAGGGUGAACCACUGUCCUCAGAACCUGCUGAGGGGCGUACAGAGCCUGCCACUCUGCACUCCCAGCCAGAGGCAUCGUCGGGGGCAUCACCUCCUAAAGGGAUGGUGCCAGAAGAGACAGAGAUGAGAAAAGAGGCAACUGGCACAGGUGUGUUGAAAGCAGUGAGUAAAAGCAGUGCCCUGGAGGAAAGUUCACCUCCUGUUACUCCCCCGACAUCCCCAAGUUCUGGAAGUGCCUGGGGUGGUCACUUUGCACGUACCAUGGCCAGGGAUGUGAACCCAGAAGUGCUCAGGAGUGGAGUUGCCUACCUGCCUGGUACGAGAGACAAAUCGGGGCGUGCAGUGGCCAUAAUAACAGCAAGGAGCACGGCCUGGUUAAACCCCCACUGCAACACCACUGAGCUGGUGCGCCUGCUUCUGUACUUGCACAGCAUCCCAAGACCAGAGUGUCAGGCUUUGGGUCUGACUGUUCUUGUGGAUGCUCGUCGCUGUUCUCCCGUCCCUGCUCUCUUCAAGGCGUUCAGCGCGUUGCAGGAGAUGGAUCCUCACUGUAUUCAUGGAGUCCUGCUUCUGGUUGAAAAAGAUCUGACUUUUCGGAUGGAGAAGCCACCAGCAGGGCAGUUUGAACUUCUCACCUCCAUGAAAUCCCUCCACAAGCACAUAGACAGCUCCCAGCUGCCUCUGGAGCUGGAAGGGACCUUCCCAUACUGCCACCAGAGCUGGCUGAGCUUCCGCAGGAAGCUGGAAUACUUGCUACAGCAAUGCCAGGGUGUUUGUGCCUUCCUUCAGGGAGCUAUUAAUAAAGUGGAAUCCACAAAAUUACCAAGAAAGGCUGAGGAUGCAGCUGUGCUGCUGAGGAAUUCAAGGCAGUUGAUGAAGAAUGUUCUGGAAGAUGCAAGUUUGGUCAGGGUGCAGCAGGAGGGCGGAGCGCUCCUCGCCAGACUGGGGAAGGAGGCGUCCUGUGUCACCCUCACCCAAGACUACAGAGAUGCACUGGAUGCUGCCAGCGUGCUCUACAAUCAGGUUGAUGAGGGCGUUCACCGCCUGGUGAUGCUGUCAAACAAGCGCAUCCAGGAGCUGGAGCUGGUGAUGGAGUUCGAGAAAGUGGAAGAGUGUUUUAAGGAGGUCAGCAGUUGGAUUGAGAAUGUUGGCAGAAAACGGCUAAAGGAAACUGUCAACCUGGAUGAUUCUUUGGAGAUGCUGCUUCAAGCACAAAAGCAGUUCAAGGAGUUUGAUCUUGUUGCCAGUGAAUAUUGCAGAAGGGGACAGGAAGCAUUAAAGAAGAUGAAUCAAUGGGAAGAUCUUUCCUUUGUGGAUGUGCAUUCUUACAGGGUAAAGCUGCAGACCUACGAAGAUGAGCUGGAGGAUUUCUGCACCCAGCUGGAUGAAACAAGGCACAGAGUCUGUGAAACAGUCAGGCUGUAUGAAUUCUUUGACAAGGCGUACGAGUGGGCCUUGGAAGGGAUGCGACACCUUGCCUGUAUCAGCAUGGAGGACUGCAACUCUCCUGAGCACUGUGCAGAUGUCAUCAAGUGCCUGGAGAGUUACAAGGGGCAGCACCCGGACAUCAGUGCUGCCCGGUUCCAGGAGAUGAAGGAGCUGGCCUGUGAGCUGAAGAGUGACAAGGGGCUCAAGCAGUGGAAAUUCGCAUGGUCUAAGUGCCAGGAGACCAAGUUGGUUUUUGAAAAGAAACUGGAAGCAGCCUUGAGAACAAGGAAGUCUCUGCUGUCAGACCGCAACCCAGCUGUGGGGGAGCAGCCCCAGGCUGGCAGUGAGAGUGGCACUCUGUCCCACCGGAGGCACUCUGAGGGGGCCACCUCCAGGUCCCACUGGGACAGGACUCCGAGCACAUCUCAUGGCUACAACAGAAGCAACAGCUGUCUGGAGUGGACUAGGGAGAAAGCUCCCUCACCCUCCCUGAGCUGCCCUGGAGAUGUCGAUGCUGGGGAAGUUUUUGUCUGCCCAGCUCCUCUCAGCCCUGGUACUCACUCCAGCAGAAUUUCUUUCGCCAGCAGGGCUUGUAAGUCUUCAGUGCUGCCUGAAGAAAAGCCAAACCUGGAGAGCAUUUUAGAAGCCCCAGAAGUGAGGCAGUCUUCUACAUCCACUCCAGUCCCUGGGAAGCUGCCUCCCGGGAAGGUGCUCCGGAAGGCCCAAAGCUUUGACCUGCCUUAUGGUGAGAGCCUGUGGGCCAGCUGCCAGAGGAGCGAGCCGGCCCGGUACGGCAACACCGGCGUCUUCAUCAAGGGGCUGGAGGUGAGCAGCACUGAGCUGGUGGACAGGACAUUCGCUCUGAGGCAGCCAGCUGUGAGCAGCUGGGCUGCAGACUGCCUGCUGGAAGGACAGAGGGGCUGCCUCUCCGGGGCAGAAGCCAAGAGCUGGGGCAGCAAACUGCGGCACAUCAUCGAUGAGAUGGUGACCACGGAGCGGGAGUACGUGCGCUCGCUCCGCUACAUCAUCGACAGCUACUUCCCCGAGAUGGAGCGCCUGGACCUGCCGCAGGACCUGCGCGGGAAGCGCAGCGUCAUCUUUGGAAACCUGGAGAAACUCUAUGACUUCCACAGCCAGUACUUCCUUCGAGAGCUUGAGAGCUGCUGCAACCACCCACUGAGGGUCAGCCACUGCUUCCUGCGACACAAAGACCAGUUUGGAAUGUAUGCGCUGUAUAGCAAGAACAAGCCAAAGUCAGACUCGCUGCUGGCCAGCCAUGGGAAUAACUUCUUCAAGUUCAAGCAGGUGCAGCUGGGGGAUAAGAUGGACCUGGCCUCCUACCUGCUGAAACCCAUCCAGCGGAUGAGCAAAUAUGCUCUGCUCCUGAAGGACCUGAUCAAGGAGUGCAGCGAGGCACAGGAGCAGGAGCUGGGCUAUCUCCGUGCUGCUGAGGAGAUGGUGAAGUUUCAGCUCCGGCAUGGAAAUGACCUGCUGGCCAUGGAUGCCAUCCGUGACUGUGAUGUAAACCUGAAGGAGCAGGGGCAGCUGGUGCGGCAGGACGAGUUCACCAUCUGGCUGGGCCGCAGGAAGUACCAGCGACACAUCUUCCUCUUUGAGGACCUCAUCCUCUUCAGCAAGCCCAAGAGGAUCGAUGGUGGCUUUGAUGUGUAUAUCUACAAGCACUCCUUCAAGACUGCAGACAUUGGUCUGACUGAGAACUGUGGAGACAGCGGCCUGCGCUUUGAGAUCUGGUUCCGAAGGCGGAAGUCCAGUGACACCUACAUCCUCCAGGCCAGCUCAGCUGAGACUAAGCAGGCCUGGACCAGUGACAUUGCCAAAAUCCUGUGGCAGCAGGCAGCCCGCAAUAAAGGUGUGAUUCCUUCCUGGAAUUCCUUCUGUGCCGCAAAAGAAAUCCGUAUGCAGGAGAUGGUCUCCAUGGGUGUGGGUAACAAGCCUUUCCUGGAUAUCAAACCCAGUGAGGCAGCUAUUAAUGACCGUGCUAUCGAUUACAUCAUGAAAGGCAGAGGUGCCAGGACCAGAGCCUCAAUUGCAGUGUCUCUGUUUGACCAUUCCAACCCCUUCAAGAGGACACAGACGCAGCUCUCCACUGGCAGCACCCCCACUGCCUAUUCCCCUUCCUCCUCCUCCUCCCUUCUGGGGCCCCUCAACCUCCACAUGUACCUGGACCAGGCUCUGCUGCCAGGGGUCCUGGCCCCCAGACGUCCCUUUGACAUUGGCACUUGCAUCGAGGAAGAUGAGCUGGAGCACGAGACGAGCAGCCAGCCCUCAAUGACAACAGAGAGCUCAGAGUCAUCGCACUGCAUGUCAGCCACGGGCUCCAGCGGCUCCGACAGUGGCUGUGUCUCCAACAUCCCACAAGAAAGCUUCUGUGAAGACAUGGGCUCACCCCCUUACAUGCCCGUAGCCCCACAGCACAGCUCUGCCAUGGAGGGCAGACCCAGGUUCACAAACAGCCAGUACAUUUCUGCAGUAAGUGCAAGCAGCCAAAACACUCUUUUGACUUUGCCUGCUCCUGUACCUGCCUCCCCAGUUCAAGCCACUGCCUCUCACAGGGGGACCGAAGAUGCUGCUUUAGGGCUUGGGGUGACUGUGGGGAAGUGACAUUUCCUCCUGCAGAGACUUGGCCCCUCUGGGGCAGGUGAGAGCCUCUGGUGCAGGAGCCACCCCUGCAGUGGCCAGGAUCCCUGAGGAGAUGAGCUGGAAAGGACCUGCAGUCCUGGAGUGCUGGAGGCUGCACAAGGAGAUGUUGCACAAACAGGAGCUAUAAUGCUGCCAUGGGCUGGGGUACAUAUGUAACCUCCUGGAGUGGCUGGAGCUCUGCUGCACCUGCUGCCAAGCUCCUUUCCUGGGAGGUUUGGGCCUUUUUUGGGGAAUGAUGAGGGAGUACUGGGAACCUGUUGCUCUGAGAUGUUGGUGUGUUCCUGAGAGUUCUCAGCUGCUUCCCUUCCCACUAGAUCCUGUCCUGAUGCUGUUGUCCUCUAACCCCCCUACUAACACUGGCUUCUCUCUUCUGCAGAAAGCAGGCCAGGUCACCAUAAGUCCCUCAAGAAUAGUGUGAGCCCCUCGGCCCCGCCUCAGGAAGUGGAGUUGUUGUUUGAUUGCCAUUUCAAACUCACUGAAGACCCCAGGCCUCUGACCAGCAGAAGGACACAGUCUUCAUCCUUCAAGAUAUUUUUUGCCCAUUAUCAGGCUCUUUCAAACAGCCCAAAACUUGACCUCUGCCUGAGGCGAAGUCCCAGGAAGGCUUCUGUCAACUAAAUGUAAUAGCUUUGGUGUUGGAUGGGACCUUGGGCAUUUAAAGCUCGUUAGCCCUAUAUUUAUAAGUAAUAAGUAACAUAGCAGUUUGGGAAAAAAAAAAAAAGUAUUAUUUUUAAAGCUAUGAGUUGUACAGAUUUUUAUUACAAGUGACUCUGUUACUAUUUGUUGUGUAAGCUGCACAUUUUAUAAAGUUUUUGGAAGGGCAUGAAGAGAAAUUGAGGUAUUUAAAAAAAGUAGUCUAACUUUCUGUUUCAGGGUUAUAGUGACCUGAAGCUCAAGAUUUAACGUCCUUCCUUAUGUUCUAAAUAUGUCUAUCGUAGCAAUAAUUUAUUUCCUUGGCUUAAUACUUCCAUGCUAAUAAAAGCAAUUUCAUUGUUAUGAAUUGUUUCUUCAGAUGGUUCUUCCAGUGCCUUGGUGCUGAGCUAAUCUCUCUCAUAACCAUCUGUCAGCUCUGCCACUCUGCCUGUGCCACCUCUGCUCUGACUGCCAGCUCCCCCUGUAAAUCCUCAGUGCAUUCACCAGAGAAGGGGGAGAUGCCCAGGCAGAGACUCCCCUGGUGCCAGUGGGAGGCUGACCCAGGGAGGAGCAGCCAGCAGAGGUGUCAGUAGGAGUGAGGAAGAGGGAGCUGUGUCUGGUGGAGCUCAGGAGGCACCAAAAUUCCUGGCUCUAAUUUUAGCCACUUGCCCCCAUAGCUGCUGUGCCAGUGCAAGUUCCUCUCUUGCCCUGCUGGCUCAGGUUCCAGUGGCUUAGUUCAGGUUCCAUUGUGCUUUGUCCUGGCUGUGCCCCUGGUUUUGGGCUGACAGGGACUGGCUCCUUGCUUCAUCUCUGACUCAGCCCCUCUUCUGGUACUUCAGUCCCACUGUUGUGGCUUGUUUGAGGAGCUUUGGAUGUGCUGGCAUUCGAGACCAACAGGUUUUGAGUGUAAUGGCUUGAUCAUAAUGCUGAACCUUAAGUGGAUGUUGUUUAAGUAACACAGCAUAACUGGAGGACAAACGAGCCCUGUGUUCCAAGGUGGCUUUUUCAUGAGUAACAUCCAAGGUCACUGUGUGGCUGUGACACUCUCCCUCUGUUCUUGGACAAAAUGAAAAUUAGCAUUUCUGGAAACACUUGGCUGCCAAGUUCCUGUUUACUCCUGGUUUGUGCAGGGCUGUAAAUCAGCUCCUGCAGGUGUGGGAGAAGUGCUACAUUUGGCCUGAGGAAGAGGAUGGAGUAGUAAUUUAUUUAACUGCAAUUUUCUCCCCUUGGCAGACAUGGGUGUUACACCCCACAGCCACCCUGGAGACAGUGUUCCUUCAAGUUUGGAAAUUCCUGUACUGUAUGUAAAACACUUGUUUAUUUUUAAUAAGCUGGAUGUUUUUAAACCUUGUUCUUUUUUUAGAAAGCAAGGAAAAUGCAUUUGACACCUUUGUACAAAAUAGCGUGGGAAACAGUUAUACAGGGAAUAUUUUACAAGUUACUAUUUUGAGAUAAUUGCUGGGUUAAUGCAAAGUUUCUGGACUGUCAAGACAACAAUAGCUCAUGUCACAAGAGGGAGAGAAGUUACUAAUGCAACAAGAGGAACAUGAAACGUCUGGAAUUUCUCAGUUUCAAAGGUUUCUAAAUUGCUGGACAAACCUUUAGUAUUGUUUACCUGACACUCUUUCUUCAGGGUUUGAUUGAUUUGUCUAAUAAAGGUUAUUUUCUUUAUAUGAAUCUU